ACACAUCCUCAAAUCAUUAUUUUUGGAAGUGAAAAGCAUUGAAAUUGUGAAAAGUAACAAAAACGCAUGUGACUACAGAGCAUGUGCAUACGAGUAUAGACAAUAUGCAUAUCGUGUCGAUAUGACAGGUUUCUUAACCUAGAAACCUGUCAACUUUAACAAUUAAUAAUAUAUUUCGCUUCGCGAAGCAUAUCACUUUUUUCCGCUAGAUUCUUCUUUUUGGUCAAAAACGCAUCGAAUAUACAUAAUUUAUUGAUUUUUUAGAUGAGGCUCGUAUUCUAAGGAAACUAUAUGGUAUGUACAUGGGUAUGGAUAGAGGUAUAGGUGAUAAGUAGUAUAAAGAAAAGAAGUAGAUCGGCAUGUAAAACGGUAUUAUACACGUGAAUAUUGAUUUUUGGCCACCCAACUUACAUCAUCUCACAGAUAUAUAAUUUUUGUACAAUAUAUAUGAAUAUCCGAUGACGGAAAAGGCACACUAAUUCGAGAAGCAGAUACAAAAAGAGAUGAAGGACGUACCGAGAUUGCAACAACAAGGUUCUGCCAAGUCAGAGAAAGAAAUAUUGUUUCUCUUCAAGAACAAAUCGAUCAACAAUAAAAAAAAUCGCGGCGCUGAGAAGAAUAUAUAGAUAACGAAGAAGAAUAUUGAUAUCGAGAAGAAAUACGUGGCAGAAUCGAGAGAAAAGAUUUUGAAGAUUACGGAGGAUAUGAAAUAGAAGAGGAAGAGGUAAUGCCGAAAAAUAUUGAUGAAAGGAAGAAAUAUAAGAACAUGUGAGAAAGUUUACCGAAUACAAAAGUUGUGAAAUUACGAACGAAUUAAAUUAUUAACAAUUGGACAACGGAUCGUUACUUUUGAUAAUAGUACAAAAUACUCGACGGAAAAUACAUUAAUAAUAUCAAUUCGAUCCAAAGUGAGAUGUCAUUACGCUCGUCGAAGAAACAAAAGUAUAUAUUGCCAACGAUCAAUCAAAGAAACGCUCGUCUCACAUAAAUACAUUUCCCAAAAUGAGUUUAUCGGAUAAAUCAAGUGGCAAGAGAAAAAAAAAAUAAAGAGGACAAAAGUUACAUUCCUGUUAGACAGACGUCCGCAAAAAGUUGCAAGAAAAAGAUAAAUAACAUCCCAAGGAUAUACCAAAAGGUAUCAAGGCGAACAAACAUAAUGCGUGUCGUAACGAAAAUGUUUUACCGCUUCGCGGGCAAAAUCACCACGGAUGAAUCAAGUGGUAAGCAGAAAAACAAAAAUAGAAAGAACAAAAACUGUAUUACUAUUAGAAAGAUGCCCGCAACAAGUUGCAAGAAAAAAACGUUAAACAUCCCGAAGAGGUGCACUACCAAGGUGAACGAAUCUAAUGCGUGUCUGGAAGAAAAUGUUAAACAAUCCAAAGCCAAAAGAGUUGCACCUAUCAAUGAUAUAAACAGGAUAUGCAAGCUCUGUAAUAAAACAUUUUCUUUACAACAGAGCUAUCAUGCUCAUAUGCGCCAACACGCAGAUAAGACACAGUACAAGUGUCAUUCCUGUUCUAAGAAAUUCAGGACGUUUCAUAAUCUGAUUCGUCAUCGAAAGAACAUCCACUACGACCUAAAAGAUUACUUUUGCGACAUAUGCGACAAAAAAUUCGUGGACAAGACCGCCAUGAAGAACCAUCGGCGUAUCCAUACUGGUGAACGCCCUUACAUAUGUAACAUAUGUAACAGGUCAUUCCGUUUUAGACAGAACUUAAAAUUACACGUUAAAACUCAUACAAACGAUCCCUCACGCGAAUGCGUCAAUCGCCGCAAGGGAGCGUUUCACAUUAAACGUGCUCUUAUACGCUGGCACGAAAAUCAGGCAGAAUACAACUGCCAUCUCUGCCUUAAGGAUUUCGGUACGCUUAGUAGUCUAAUUCGUCAUCGAAAGAACAUCCACUACGACCUAAAAGAUUACUUUUGCGACAUAUGUCACAAAAGCUUCGCUGGUAAAACCGCCAUGGAAGACCAUCGGCGUAUCCAUAUUGGUGAACGCCCUUACUUAUGUGACAUGUGCGGCAAGUUGUUCAGAUGCAAAACCAACUUGAGGAUACACAUUCAGAUUCAUAUAGGCGAUCUCCCGUACAGGUGCGUCUUUUGCGACAAAGGAUUUAUAAGUAAACGGGAUGUGCUAUUACAUUCGACAAAACACACGAGAGAGAGGAAUCAAAUGUGCGAUGUAUGUGGCGCGCGCUUUGCCCGAGAGGACGUGUUAAAGCAGCACAAAAAAAUAGUGCACUCCGAGGAAAGACCGUAUAUAUGUAAAUACGGCAAGAGUUAUAAGCGUAAAUGUGAUCUCAAAAAUCACAAAUGCUCAAACUUAGGGAUUAGAAAAUCGCGAGAAAUUCCAGUCGGGCCUAAUUCGAAUUUAAUUCCACAAAAUUUAAACAAAAAUAGAAACAACAAAGAUUACAUUCCUACUAAACAGACGCGCGCAAGUAGUUGCAUGAAAAAGACUAAUGACAUAGCGACAAAAUGCCAAGGUGCCAAAGUGAACGAAUCUAAUGCGUGCUUUGAAGAGAAUGUUAAACAGUCCAAAGACAAAAGGUUGCCCAUCAAUACAGACAGGAUUUGCAAGCCCUGUAAUAAAACAUUUUCCUCUCAGCAAAGCUACCGUGCUCAUAUACGCCAACACAAAGACAAGACACAGUAUAAGUGUCGUCCCUCCUCUAAGGAAUUCAAUACGCUUGAUAGUUUGAUUCAUCAUCAAAAGAACAUCCACUACGCCAAGAAGGAUCAUUCUUGCGACAUAUGUGACAAAAAAUUCAGGGAUAAGUUCGCCAUGGAGGACCAUCGGCGUAUUCAUACCGGUGAAUGGCUGUACGUGUGUGACAUUUGUAACAGAGCACACAUUUCUAAGCAUGACUUGUAUCGUCACGUCAAACGUCAUACAGAUGACCUCCGGCACAAGCGCGUCUAUAAUGGGAAGAAAUGUUUGAAUAAAUCUCGUAUGGUGGAACAUUUAUCGGUGCACAAGAGCGCGAAAAAUCACAUAUGCGACCAAUGCGACAAGCAUUUUAUCCGCAAGAAUACGUUAAUCAGACAUCAGAAAACUGUGCACUCCGAGGUAAAACCGUAUAAGUGUCAAUGCGGCAAGAGUUACAAGCGUGAAUAUGAUCUCAAACUUCACAAACGCAUAGGAGCGUGUACAGGCCCAGCUUUAAAGAUGUGGAGGCCCUGGAUCGACGAAGAGAUGGAGACCUAACUAUUUUUUAACUAAAAUCAAUUAGAAAUUUUUACGUUGUUUAAAUAAUUUAU